UUGCUCAGUUGCAGUUAACAAAGUAUCAUGAAUAAUGUUAAUUGCAAGUCUCUGUUUUUCAUCAGUCUGCCUGAGCUACGAAAACUAUGUGCUGUAAAGGUUACAGUGAGUUCUCAAAUAGCAGAGACUGGGAUUAGAACAGCACAAAUGAAGAUGUGCAGGCAACUCUUGCUUCUGCACCAAGAUGUCCUUUCCUCACCUGUUCCUGGAACAUUGAAUCAAAUUUCAGUGGUUAUGACGAUAAAUUUUUACAAAUCAGGAAAAUUUCAAACUUACGUAGAGAAACAUGGAGCUACAAUUGCAAUGCCAGAGAGAGUUAUCCCAGUUGUCUUUCAAAUUUGCCUUUCUUAUACACUUAUAGCCAAACUUAGUCCUAACUGGAACCAGGUUGGUCAUCUGUUGAUACAAGGGAGAGGUUUUCUAUCACAACUCGGAAAACAAAAUGCAGUUAUUAUGGAGAUCAAUUCAACAGAAACUCAGCUUUGCAUUAGUGUAGAAGUUUGUAAAGUACAGCUACCACUAGCAGAGCUAGAAGAUUUUAAUAUUUCAGCAAACAUCUUAAAGAAAUUCAACAGUAAUAACAAUGUAGUCAUCCAAGGUUGUUCCCUUUUAAAUAAUUGGUGCUAUGUCUUGCCAAGCAUGAAAAUGGGUCAGAUCAUAAGCAUCAGUCAUAGAAUUCCAUCUGAUUCUCCCUUUCAGUCAUACAGUGAUUUGCAGCUACAUUGGGAAAAGCUGUAUGGCUAUAUUCUCCCAGAGGAUCCCCAGAUUUAUUGCAGCAUUUACUUCAAGAUGAUAGGGGAACAAUUAUUUACAUAUCCUUUCAGUUGCAUCAGAAGUCAGCAAGUGCAGUACUUUCCUAGAGUAGAUUUAGAAGGUGUUUUAAAUGCUUUUAUUACUGAUCUGAAGACUGUCUUUCCUCAUAUAUGUGGAUUUCCUCUUAAGAUGACAAACAAAGCAUUAUAUGCCACAAAAGGUCUUACGCAAUCAUCUCUACAGAAAAUAAACUCUAAACCAGUCAAUCUCACUGGAAACAGGAAUUGCAAGGUUAUAUUCAGGCCUUCAACAUGUGAUUUAGAAAACAACCACAAGAUGGAGCUUAAAGUCAACUGGCCAAAACCAGACAUUUUCUCUAAUCUCAGUUUACUAGCAGAAGAUGAGAACACCAAGGCAGAGCAGGGAGGAGUCUGUAGUAGGAAACAAUGGAAAACUCCCAAAGAACCUGCUUUGCUGCUGAACUCAGAAGAAUCAUUUCAAAAGUCAAAGAAUUAUUUUAAAAAAGAUUCUACCAGGAUCAUACCCAUUUUCAAAGGAAAGUUCUUGCAGAUGGAUAAACAAACUGUACAAACCAUCCAUGGAAACAAAAAGCAGAAUGUUCCACAAUAUUCACCAAAAGUGAUGACAGUUAACACAGCUGCUGAACUGCCUCUAUUCACAUCUAGUGCACAUCACAUUAAAAAGCCAUUACAUAAUGGAUCAUUUAAAAAUGUUACAAAUAGAAAUGUUCUUAAUAUGCAGGUUGAAAAACCACGUGCAAAUUCUAUUACGUUUUCACUGAAAAGACAAAAGGAAUCUUUGGGGCAUUUGCCAAAUAUUGCUUCAACUAGUACAGUAGUUUUAGAUAGGAAUUCAAGUAAAAUCAAAUCCAGAAGGCUAAAUUCCUCUCUGAAACCUGCCUGUGAUGGAUCAAUGGGUCAUGCAUCAACUGUUUGUCAGCAUUUGGAUACACCUGCAAAUUUCAGCACAAUCCAGAGUACAGCGAGCACUGAAUCAAAGAAACCCUGCCUCUUCCUAUCUCACUCAGAAAAUCCCAGGAUAUUUAUGAAUAAAAACCAAAGUUCAAAUGAAGAAGCAAAGAGAAAUGCUUGCAAGUUAAGCAGAACAGUGUGCAAUGGAGGCAAAAGAGAAGCUCUAAAAGAGAAGGGAGUUAUUCAAAGCCCAAGAAACCAAGAACCAAAAAGCUUCCAAGCUAGAAUAAGGAUACAUUGGAGGGAAAAAAAUCAGAGACUCAUCUACACUCAAAUGCACAAACAGAUCUCCAAUUUUCUCAAAAGACAUGAAGAAACCUGUAUGUACUGAUGAAUGUAGGACUCAAUUACUAUGACCUACAACACUAAACCAUAGUUUAAGUACUACAUGGAUAAAUAGAAAGGAGCCUACCUACUGGGUUCAAACAUUCCCCUUUCUAUUCUUCUUGAACAGUCAGUGUCAUAAACCAGAAUAUUAUUAUGCGCUAGCCAAAUCCUGGCUUGUUAUGUUAAAACCAGGCAUUGUAGUUUAAACUAUAGUUUGCUAAAGCAGGACAAUCUAAUAAUCCAUGGUUUGGAAUUGGCUACAUAAUUAAUAGGGUACUGCACACUGUUAUUUGUUGACUGGAGCAAUGCCCACUUGAUCUCAUUUGCUCCCUGGAUCAAGUACCUACCGAACCUUCCACCUAACACUAGUAAGCUCCGCUGAAACUGUUGAGACUUAAUGCUGAAACUGGAGAUAAAUGUUCCCUUUUUUCAAAGGGGCCUAGUGUUCAUGGGGAAACACUUUCAGCUCUAAUAAGUAGAGUUUGCAGGUUUAUGUACUGUAUGCAUUGUUUCACAAACUUGUAAAGCGGUUGGAUAUACGGGAACAAUAGGCCAAAUUAAUGUGUGUAUGCCCAUGUAACAAAAUGAAUGUAGUAUGAGUAACAAAACUUCUGUCAAAUAGCUUCAUCUCUCUUAAAAACAAUAGUCUGUCUUAGGCCAGAUAUGCCCAGGAGUAGGGUUCUUGUCUCUGAACCACCAGCCUUCAUUAGCAUAUUAUCAUCAAGUUCUCUGUGUUUUGUCCCACAACAUCCCUUUGUAAGCCACUUUUGUAUUUGCAUUAUACACUGCAAAGGAUUUUCUGGCUAUGUGAGAAUUUAUUUUGAAACAGUGUUUUGUUGUUACAGGGAGAGUGCAAAUUUUAGAAGAUUUUCCUGGCACUUGUCUCAGAACAGUUAUUUUGAUAGUUUUAAUCAGCUUUUAAAGAUACUUUCUUCUCUUAAGGAUCCAAUUUUGUCAACAUACAUUUAUGAUAAUGUUAAAUUUCAAAAGAGAAAGACUCCAUAGUCAUAACCCUGCUUUUCCACAGUUAAAAGUUGAAAUACAUUUAUGAGCCUGUGAAUCAAAAUACAAAAGCUUUUCUUCAAAACUUUAAUUUAUUUUUAUUUAUUGUAACUGUUCUAUUAAUAAAGUUCAUUUCCUCUGAAAAAAUGGUUAGAAAAACUUGCCUGCAUGAUGGUGUGUGUGUGGGGGCUCAAAAUUUAUAUUUUGACCUUCUAAAACAAUGGUGCUUUCUGUUUAAACAACUCAUAUUAACUCUUAAAUGUCACUAAUUCUGAUUUGUAUAUGCAGUUUUAAAUGUGGCAAAUAUAGGUUCCCAGCAUUAUGAAGAGGUGUUUUGAGAUGAUGUUUGCAUUAUAAAAAUGGAUAUCCUCAUCCAUGUGUUAUGAGUUACAUUUCAUUAAACAAAGCAAUUGUAACAUUGCAUU